CUGCUAAUAAGCUUCUAGGUAGGUAGCCUUCUCCUACAGCCACUGGUAGGCAGGCAUUCAGGGACUAAGGCGCAGGGGAGGCCUCUUAGAUGUUAGCUCGGGACUCGGGAAUCGGGAUAGGGGUUAUAGACCAUUGGACUCCGCUAAGCCACCUGGCUAAAGGUUAUAACUUAUAACUUAUAUCACGCGCGACUCGCGCGGGUUUGCUAACUUCUGAUGAGAAACACAACCUCUCAUCUCAUUCUCACUCUCCAACCUAACCUCCAAUGAGCUCUCAGCCACCCUAUGGAUAUUACGGGCAGCCUGGUCCUCAGCCAGGUCCUCAGCCAGGUCCAGGUGCUCCCCCGGGAGGCCCUCCCACUGGCAGCUAUUCCCAAGGACCACCGCCAGCCGGACAGCCACCCUAUCAGCAUCAGCAACAAUCCUAUUACAGCUACGCACCUCCGGCUACAACAGGCGUCCCGGGUCAACCUCCUCCGACUACACAUUAUCAACCAGGUCUCGGGGGUCCUCCACCCCAAGCACACCAGCUUGGCCAGGCAUAUCCUAGCCAACCGGCCCAACCCUAUCCACAGCAGCAGCAACAACAUCCAUUCUAUGACCAGUUGCCGCCACCACCUCCUCCUGGUCAGCCGCAACACUACUACUACCAAGCUCCCCCUCCUCAGCCCUGGACUCAAGGACCACCACAUGGCACACCAUCCUCGUAUGGCCCCUACGCCGCCCAACCAACACCAGCAUCCCCGGGCUAUGAUCCGGCGCAGAAGGCCUGGGUACAGCCAGUAGACACGAACAGCGACGUCGAAGGCCUCCGCAAGGCCAUGAAAGGCAUAGGAUGCGACGAGAAAUCCCUCAUCCGCAUCCUGACCAGCCCCAAGUACGCCAACCCGUGGGCCAUGGCCCAGCUCGUGCGGGACUACAACGCCCACUUCAUCCGCGACCUAGCCACGGACAUCGAGAGCGAGACCCGCGGCGCCCUGGAGACCACCCUGCUCGCCCUCCUCCGGGGCCCCCUGGAAAACGACGCCCGCGUGCUCGACAAGGCCAUCAACCGCAUGGGCACCGACGAGGACGCCCUCAACGACGUGCUCCUGUGCCGCUCCAACGCGGACCUGCGCGCCAUCCAGGCCGAGUACCGGCGCCUCAAGAACCGCGACCUCCUCGUCGACCUCAAGGGCGACGUCAACGACACCCUGUUCCGCCUGUACAGCAUGCUCCUCCUCUCCGGGACGGCGGCGGCGCGCGCCGAGGACGCCGCCCCCGUCCUGCCGCACGAGACCGACGCCAAGGUCACCGAGCUGCAGCGCGCCACCGAGGGCACCAUCGGCGUCAACGCCGUCGCCGUGGCGCAGGUCUUCGCCAGCAGCAGCGACGCCCAGCUCGCCGCCAUCGCCCACGCCUACCGCCGCAAGUACCACCGCGACCUGCAGCGCGUCAUCGAGAAGGAGUUCCGCGGCGACAUGGAGGACGCUUUGCUGCGCAUGCUGCGGACCGCCCAGGACCGGGCCGCCGCCGAUGCGGACCGGCUGAGGGAGGCCCUGACCAAGACGAAGGACAGGCUGUUUGCCCACCGCGUCGUCUCCCUGUAUUGGGACAGGAGUCGGCUGGACGCUGCCAAAGCGGCCUACAAGGCCAAGUAUGGGCGUCCGCUUGCUAAGGACGUGAAGGAAAUAUUGAGCGGCGAUUUCGAGGACGUGAUGCUUGGCUUGAUCGGGAGAGGUGAUGCCUGAAUAUGAGGGAAACGGCCUGGAAUACAUAUACAGCUGAGGAGUCUCGGGUAUCACCUUUUGGAUCGUUGUGGAUUAGCAUCCGGUGGUUCAAUGGGUUCUUGGCAGGGAGACUUGAAGACCCCCGUCCACAUUUCUGUUCCUAACAAGGUAGAGACGAAGGAAAAGGAAAAGGCACUCAAAGUCAUCAAAACAGAUUAUUGCAUUGUAUAUUUAUCUUUUUCCUCUUCUA